GGUCUGGACUCCUAGUGGGAAAGACAAGCGAGGCAUGGGUUGGCUCUGGAUUCAGAAAACAGCUGCUGAUUAGAUUCUGUGUCUGCGGGCUGAAUUUAUUCGGUGUUUUUCAGCAGCAGGAAUUCAAGAGGGAUGCUUCUGUUUGGGUUUCUGAUCGUGAUUUAUAUUUAUUCAGAGGAAUAACAGAGGGUGGAUCUGUUCCCGGCGCGAGCAUGCUCACAACCAGCCGACUCUCCCAUUAUCCAACUGCCUAGUUUGGUGCUUCAGUGUACAUGGCUAUUCCGUGUGCAUAUGUGUGUAUACAAACACGCAUGCAUGCCUGGAUGGACAUACGUAUGCACAGGUUAUUUUUUAAGGACAAUUCUUUCAAUAAGGUCUUUACCCCUUACUUGAAACAGGUGUUCAUGAAAAAAAUGCACAAAAUCCUGCCUGGCCGGAAUAAUUCAUGAAGAAGGGGCUGGAUCCGUGGGUCAGAGAACACAGGACCAGUUUGCCAUCCCAAGGCUGAAGGCCUCCCUCCAACACAGUUCUCCAAGCUCUAGAAAUCUCUGACACAUCUCGACCAUGAGACCACGGCUGGCUUUUGGCAGGAUCCAAGGAACAAACCCAGCAGCCUCGACCUAAUUCAUGGAGGAGCCUCGCGGGGUCCCAGCCAAGCAAGCCCGCCCCUCCGGUCGGAAGAGUGGCGCCUAGGAGGAGGGUGGCUGCCGCAGGAGUGGACAUGAAUGCUGGCUUUCAGAGAGAACAGCGUUUCAGUUUCGGUCAUCGGAAGUGGUGCCUUCAGCACAGAAGAAGAGCGUGAUUUCUCCUCCGAGGCCGUUGAUCUCCAACCCAGAACUAAAGGGGAGAAGAGGCUGGAACGGAGCCACCCCCCAGCAUCCAGCGUGGCAUCUCUCGUGCCAGGACCAGGGAUGACUGGGCCAUGGACACAUGUGUCUCCAACCUUCAACCAUUCGCAUAGCACACAGGGGACUCGUGGGGGCCACCUGCCACUGCCAGCUGAAACAAUACAAUGGCAAUACUGACAUCCUUCAUGACGUUUUCCCGACAGACAUUCAGGCGGAAAGUGCUGGUGUGUUUUCUGUCUGCAAAAUAGAGGGCCAUGCCUCACCAGUAGAAUAGCUCAGGCCCUGAUGACCUGCUCCGAGUCCACUCACAGCCAGUGACACUUGCAAAAAACUCCCAAAACCAUCUUGGGUGUGGCUUCCACAGCUCUUGACCAAUGUGGCCAAAGCUGGACACCUCCUCGGGACACUGGGAUUAUUCAUAAAUGCAGCCUGCCCUGACUCUCCCUGAAUAGCAUCUGAAGUCUCUGUGAAGGUCAUGGAUCCUGAACAAAGUGUCAAGGGCACCAAGAAGGCUGAGGGAAGUCCCCGGAAGCGGUUGACCAAGGGAGAGGCCAUUCAGACCAGUGUUCCUUCCAGCAUCCCAUACCCAGGCAGCAGCGCAGCUGCCACCCAAGAGAGCCCCGCCCAAGAGCUCCUAGCCCCGCAGCCCUUCCCGGGCCCCUCAUCGGUUCUUAGGGAAGGCUCUCAGGAGAAAACGGGCCAGCCACAGAAACCCCCCAAAAGGCCCCCCAUCGAAGCAUCCGUCCACAUCUCACAGCUUCCGCAGCACCCUCUGACACCAGCAUUCAUGUCGCCCGGCAAACCUGAACACCUCCUGGAGGGGUCCACGUGGCAAUUGGUCGACCCCAUGAGACCUGGACCAUCUGGCUCCUUUGUGGCCCCUGGGCUCCAUCCUCAGAGCCAGCUCCUUCCUUCCCAUGCUUCCAUCAUUCCUCCCGAGGACCUUCCUGGCAUCUCCAAGGUCUUUGUGCCUCGUCCCUCCCAGGUCUCCUUGAAGCCCACAGAAGAGGCACACAAGAAGGAGAGGAAGCCCCAGAAGCCGGGCAAGUACAUCUGCCAGUACUGCAGCCGGCCCUGUGCCAAGCCCAGCGUGCUCCAGAAGCACAUUCGUUCACACACGGGGGAGAGGCCCUACCCCUGUGGCCCCUGUGGUUUCUCCUUCAAGACCAAGAGUAAUCUCUACAAGCACAGGAAGUCCCAUGCCCACCGCAUCAAAGCAGGCCUGGCCUCAGGCAUGGGCGGCGAGAUGUACCCGCCAGGGCUGGAGAUGGAGCGGAUCCCUGGGGAAGAGUUUGAGGAGCCCACCGAGGGAGAAAGCACAGAUUCCGAAGAGGAGACUAGUGCCACCUCCAGUCACCCUGCAGAGCUCUCCCCGAGACCCAAGCAGCCCCUUCUCUCCAGCGGGCUGUACAGCUCUGGGAGCCACAGUUCCAGCCACGAGCGCUGCUCCUUGUCCCAGUCCAGCACAGCCCAGUCACUCGAGGACCCCCCUCCGUUUGUGGAACCCUCAUCUGAGCACCCCCUGAGCCAUAAACCCGAAGACACCCACACAAUUAAGCAGAAGCUGGCCCUCCGCUUAAGCGAGAGGAAGAAGGUGAUCGAUGAGCAGGCAUUUCUGAGCCCAGGCAGCAAAGGGAGUACUGAGUCUGGGUAUUUCUCCCGCUCCGAGAGUGCAGAGCAGCAGGUCAGCCCCCCAAACACCAACGCCAAGUCCUACGCGGAGAUCAUCUUCGGCAAGUGUGGGCGCAUAGGGCAGCGGACCGCCAUGCUGACAGCCACCUCCACCCAGCCCCUCCUGCCCCUGUCCACCGAAGACAAGCCCAGCCUGGUGCCUUUGUCGGUACCCCGGACGCAGGUGAUCGAGCACAUCACGAAGCUCAUCACCAUCAACGAGGCCGUGGUGGACACCAGCGAGAUUGACAGCGUGAAGCCGAGGCGGAGCUCGCUGUCCAGGCGCAGCAGCAUGGAGUCCCCGAAAUCCAGCCUCUACCGGGAACCCCUGUCAUCCCACAGCGAGAAAACCAAGCCUGAACAAUCACUGCUGAGCCUCCAGCACCCGCCCAGUACCGCCCCCCCUGUGCCUCUCCUGAGAAGUCACUCAAUGCCUUCUGCCGCCUGCACUAUCAGCACCCCUCACCACCCCUUCCGAGGUAGCUACUCCUUCGACGACCAUAUCACCGACUCCGAAGCCCUGAGCCGCAGCAGUCACGUGUUUACCUCCCACCCCCGGAUGCUGAAGCGCCAGCCGGCCAUCGAAUUACCUUUGGGAGGGGAGUACAGUUCCGAGGAGCCUGGACCAAGCAGCAAAGACACAGCCUCCAAGCCCUCGGAGGAGCUUGAACCCAAGGAAAGCGAACUGACCAAAAAGACCAAGAAGGGUUUGAAAACAAAAGGGGUGAUCUAUGAAUGUAACAUAUGUGGUGCUCGGUAUAAGAAAAGGGAUAACUACGAAGCUCACAAAAAAUACUACUGCUCAGAGCUUCAGAUCGCAAAGCCCAUCUCUGCAGCCACCCACAUAUCUCCAGAAGCUGAAAAGAGUCAGACUGAGCAUGAGCCAUGGUCCCAGAUGAUGCAUUACAAACUGGGGACCACUCUGGAACUCACUCCACUGCGGAAGAGGAGGAAAGAGAAGAGCCUUGGGGAUGAGGAAGAGCCACCUGCCUUCGAGUCCACAAGAAGUCAGUUUGGCAGCCCCGGGCCGUCCGAUGCUACUCGGAACCUUCCCCUGGAGUCCACCAAGUCACCAGCAGAACCAAGUAAAUCAGUGCCCUCCUUGGAGGGACCCAUGGGCUUCCAGCCAAGGACUCCCAAGCCAGGGCCCGGUUCAGAAUCAGGGAAGGAGAGGAGAACAACGUCCAAAGAAAUUUCUGUCAUCCAGCACACCAGCUCCUUUGAGAAAUCGGACUCUCUCGAGCAGCCGAGUGGCUUGGAAGGGGAAGACAAACCUCUGGCCCAGUUCCCUUCGCCCCCGCCUGCCCCACAUGGACGCUCGGCUCACUCUCUGCAGCCCAAGUUGGUCCGCCAGCCCAAUAUUCAGGUUCCUGAGAUCCUGGUAACCGAGGAGCCCGACAGGCCGGACACAGAGCCAGAGCCACCUCCUAAGGAACCUGAGAAGACUGAGGAGUUCCAGUGGCCCCAGCGCAGCCAGACACUUGCCCAGCUCCCGGCUGAGAAGUUGCCACCCAAAAAGAAGAGGCUGCGCCUGGCUGAGAUGGCCCAGUCGUCAGGGGAGUCCAGCUUUGAGUCCUCUGUGCCUCUGUCUCGCAGCCCGAGCCAGGAAAGCAGCGUCUCUCUAAGCGGGUCCAGCCGCUCAGCCUCAUUUGAGAGGGAUGACCAUGGGAAAGCCGAGGCCCCCGGUCCCUCGUCUGACAUGCGCUCCAAACCCCUGGGCACCCACAUGUUGACUGUCCCCAGCCACCACCCGCAUGCCCGAGAGAUGCGGAGGUCAGCCUCAGAGCAGAGCCCCAAUGUUUCCCAUUCUGCCCACAUGACCGAGACACGCAGCAAAUCCUUCGACUAUGGCAGCUUGUCCUUGACGGGCACUUCUGCUCCAGCCCCAGUGGCUCCACCUGCACGGGUGGCCCCGCCAGAGAGGAGAAAAUGCUUCUUGGUGAGACAGGCCUCUCUGAGCAGGCCUCCAGAAUCUGAGCUGGAGGCUGCUCCCAAGGGAAGACAGGAGAGUGAAGAACCACAGCCCUCAUCCAGUAAACCCUCGACCAAAAGCUCCUUGUCCCAGAUUUCCCCCACAGCCACCUCGCAUGGUGGGCCCCCAGGAAGCAAGGGCCCAGGGCAGGACAGACCUCCACUGGGGCCCACUGUGCCCUACACAGAAGCACUGCAGGUGUUCCACCACCCGGUGGCCCAGACGCCCCUGCAUGAGAAGCCGUACCUGCCGCCACCCGUCUCCCUUUUCUCCUUCCAGCACCUCUUGCAGCAUGAGCCAGGACAGUCUCCAGAAUUCUUCUCCACCCAGGCCAUGUCCAGCCUCCUUUCCUCACCAUACUCCAUGCCCCCACUUCCUCCCUCCUUAUUUCAAGCCCCACCGCUUCCUCUCCAGCCUACUGUUCUGCACCCAGGCCAACUCCAUCUCCCCCAGCACAUGCCUCACCCAGCCAACAUCCCCUUCCGGCAGCCCCCUUCCUUCCUCCCCAUGCCAUACCCGUCCUCCUCAGCACUCUCUUCUGGGUUUUUCCUGCCUCUGCAAUCCCAGUUUGCACUUCAGCUCCCCAGUGAUGUGGAAAGCCAUCUGCCCCAGAUCAAAACCAGCCUGGCCCCACUGACUACAGGAAGUGCUGGCCUCUCCCCCAGCACAGAGUACAGCAGUGACAUCCGGCUACCCCCUGUGGCUCCCUCAGCCAGCUCCUCAGCACCUACGUCAGCCCCUCCACUGGCCCUGCCUGCCUGUCCAGACACCAUGGUGUCCCUUGUUGUGCCCGUCCGUGUUCAGACCAACAUGCCGUCCUAUGGGAGCGCGAUGUACACCACCCUUUCCCAGAUCUUGGUCACCCAGUCCCAAGGCAGCUCAGCAACUGUGGCACUUCCCAAGUUUGAGGAACCCCCAUCCAAAGGGACAACUGUGUGUGGUGCAGAUGUGCAUGAGGUUGGGCCUGGACCUUCUGGACCAAGUGAAGAGCAAGGCAGAGCUUUCCUGACUCCAUACCUGAGAGUGCCUGUGACAUUACCUGAAAGAAAAGGCACUUCCCUGUCGUCAGAGAGUGUCUUGAGCCCAGAGGGGAGUUCAUCGACAGCAGGGGGAAGCAAACGUGUCCUUUCACCAGCUGGCAGCCUUGAACUUGCCAUGGAAACCCAGCAGCAAAAAAGAGUGAAGGAGGAGGAGGCUUCCAAGGCAGAUGAAAAACUUGAGCUGGUAAAACCAUGCAGUGUGGUGCUUACCAGCACCGAGGAUGGGAAGAGACCAGAGAAAUCCCACUUAGGCAACCAGGGCCAGGGCAGGAGGGAGCUAGAAAUGCUGUCCAGCCUGUCCUCGGAUCCAUCUGACCCAAAGGAAAUUCCUCCCCUCCCUCACCCUACAUUGCCCCAUGGGACAGCCCCAGGCUCAGAAGCUUUGAAGGAAUAUGCCCAGCCAUCUGGCAAACCUCACCGAAGAGGGUUGCCUCCACUGAGUGUGAAGAAAGAAGAUUCCAAGGAACAACCUGACCUCCCCUCCCUGGCACCUCCCAGCUCUCUGCCUCUGUCAGAAACAGCCUCCAGACCAGCCAAGUCACAAGAAGGUACGGACUCAAAGAAGGUACUGCAGUUCCCCAGCCUCCACACAACCACUAAUGUCAGUUGGUGCUAUUUAAACUACAUUAAGCCAAAUCACAUCCAGCAUGCAGAUAGGAGGUCCUCUGUUUACGCUGGUUGGUGCAUAAGUUUGUACAACCCCAACCUUCCGGGGGUUUCCACUAAGGCUGCUUUGUCCCUCCUGAGGUCUAAGCAGAAAGUGAGCAAAGAGACAUACACCAUGGCCACAGCUCCGCAUCCUGAGGCAGGAAGGCUUGUGCCAUCCAGCUCCCACAAGCCCCGCAUGACAGAGGUUCACCUCCCUUCGCUGGUUUCCCCGGAAGGCCAGAAAGAUCUAGCUAGAGUGGAGAAGGAAGAAGAGAGGAGAGGGGAGCCAGAAGAGGAUGCUCCUGCCUCCCAGAGAGGGGAGCCGGCGAGGAUCAAAAUCUUCGAAGGAGGGUACAAAUCAAACGAAGAGUAUGUAUAUGUGCGAGGCCGCGGCCGAGGGAAAUAUGUUUGUGAGGAGUGUGGAAUUCGCUGCAAGAAGCCCAGCAUGCUGAAGAAACACAUCCGCACCCACACUGACGUCCGGCCCUAUGUGUGCAAGCACUGUCACUUUGCUUUUAAAACCAAAGGGAAUCUGACUAAGCACAUGAAGUCGAAGGCCCACAGCAAAAAGUGCCAAGAGACAGGGGUGCUGGAGGAGCUGGAAGCCGAAGAAGGAACCAGUGACGAUGUGUUCCAGGACUCGGAAGGGCGAGAGGGCUCAGAGGCUGUGGAGGAGCAUCAGUUUUCAGACCUGGAGGACUCGGACUCAGACUCAGACCUGGACGAAGACGAGGAUGAGGAUGAGGACGACAGCCAGGAGGAGCUGUCCAGACCAUCCUCAGAGGCGCCCCCGCCUGGCCAGCCACACGCACUGCAGGCAGACUCCUCACCCAUCUUGGGCCCUCAGCCCCCAGAUGCCCCCGCCUCUGGCACCGAGGCUACGCCAGGCAGCUCAGUCUUGGAAGCUGAGCGCCUGACAGCCAGCAGCUGCUCCACGUCCAGCCAGAGCAUCCUGUGCCUCCCCCGGCUGGGACCAGCCACUCUGGGCCCUGUGGAGAAAGACACAGGCUCAGCCCUGAGCUCCAAGCCUGUGUCCCCAAGAAGACCGUGGUCCCCAAGCAAAGAUGCAGGCCACCCACCACUAGCCCGCAAACACUCACUAACCAAAAACGACUCGUCUCCCCAGCGAUGCUCCCCGGCCCGAGAACCACAGGCCUCAGCCCCGAGCCCGCCUGGCCUGCACAUGGACCCAGGAAGGGGCCUGGGCCCGCUCCCUUGUGGAUCUCCAAGACUUGAGCUGUCUCCUCUCACCCCCCACCCCCUGGGAAGAGAACUGCCCCUUGGAGCACAUGUGCUCCCCAAACUCGAGGGUACCACCAACCCAGGCUUCCCCAGACACUCGCCCACCCGGAGAUGGUCUCCAGGUCAGGCCGAGUCACCACCACGGUCAGCGCUGCCAGGGAAGUGGGCCUUGGCUGGGCCGGGCAGCCCUUCCACGGGCGAGCAUGGCUCAGGCUUGGGGCUGGCCCCACGGGUUCUCUGCCCGCCCGCACCUCUACCUCACAAGCUCCUCACCAGAAGCCCAGAGACCUGCGCCUCCCCGUGGCAGAAGGCUGCGUCCCGAAGUCCCUCCUGCUCACCCGGCCCUGCUCAUCCUCUCUCCUCCCGACCCUUCUCCGCCCCCCAUGACUUCCACGGCCACGCCCCGGCCCGGACAGAGGAGAACAUCUUCAGCCACCUGCCUCUGCACUCCCAGCACUUGACCCGCGCCCCGUGUCCCUUGAUUCCCAUCGGUGGGAUCCAGAUGGUGCAGGCCCGGCCAGGAGCCCACCCCACCCUGCUGCCAGGGCCCACCACGGCCUGGGUCAGUGGCUUCUCUGGGGGUGGCAGUGACCUGACAGGGGCCCGGGAGGCCCAGGAGCGAGGCCGCUGGAGUCCCACCGAGAGCUCGUCAGCCUCCGUGUCACCUGUGGCUAAGGUCUCCAAAUUCACACUCUCCUCGGAGCUGGAGGGCAGGGACUACCCCAAGGAGAGGGAGAGGACCGGCGGAGGCCCGGGCAGGCCUCCUGACUGGACGCCCCGAGGGGCCGAGGCAGCCGCAGAGCCCACACCCACGCACAGCCCUUGCACCCCUCCUGAAACCUUGCCCCGGCCGCCCCAGGGCCGCUGGGCAGUGCAGUCCUGGAGCCCCCGCUUGGAGUCCCCACAUGCACCGGCCAACCUCGAGGCCUCUGCCACCCCACCACUGGACCGCAGCAGUUCCGUGGGCUGCCUGGCGGAGGCCUCUGCCCGCUUCCCAGCCCGGAGGAGGAACCUCUCUGGGGAACCCAGGACCAGGCAGGACUCCCCUGAGCCCUCAGGAAGUGGGGAGCCCAGGGCACCUCCACAUCAGCCUGAGGACAGGGGCCCCCCCAACGCUUAGCCUCUCUCCUGCCGCUUCAGCCUCUGACUUCCAGUGUGCAGACACUUCCAGCCACGUUCCUCCGGUCACCCACUCCCUCAGCCCCGCCUAGCUCUCCGUCCAGGAGCUCUCACGGCCCCGUCUGCUGUACCUUCUCAUGUAUGCAGUUACCUGUGCCUUUUUCUACACCUUUUGUUGCUUGAAAAGAAACAAAACAAAUCACAUACAUACAUUUUUUUUUAAAAAACACCCACGAGGAGUCUGAGGCUGUGAAUAGUUUAUGCUUUUGGGAAAAGGCUGAGGGUGGAAGUUCCUGGCCCUGCCCCCCACGGUUGGCAGCCACCCACCCCAGAGGCUGGCAGAGGGGAAGGGGUGUACUGAGGGGCAGAGAAAAAGGCAACUUUAAACAACAUGGAAUUAAAUGUAAAAGGAAGCACUCCUGUGUACAGAUGCUGGCAAGGCUCCUGGUUAUUGCCACUUUACCCCUGCCCAGCUUGUGGCCACCCCUUUCUGCCAGCAGAAAGACCAGUGUCCCCAGGCAGGGGGGUGCAGACACAGGCGGAUGACCCCACCCAGGCCCCAGCAGGCAGGCCCAGAAAAAAUAAUCUUUUUCUUUUUCUUUUUCUUUCUUUUGCAAGAAAAUAAAAUGUUACUUUUCCUAGGAUUUCAACACAAAAUAAUAGGAGCAGGUAGAAGGAGGAGGGUUGGCUCCCCAAGGGGUCCUGGACAUUCUGGAAGUCUGAGUCCUAGGCCCAUCCUGGCACUCCACAGGUGGGUGGGCCACCCCACCCACGCAUCCCCACUCCCGACACUCCCUUCUGCUCCCCACCCCGGUCCCCUGGGCUGGGGAAGGAGUCCUGACUGUCCGUCCCUGGCUCUGGAGCCCCUGACUGAGGCCUCACUCUCCUGUUGCUUCCUCUGUUCUAAAACUACCCACAAAGGCGGAAGUGGCAGGCCCCAAGCCCUAAGGGCUGCUCCUGAGGCUGGGUUUUGGGUUUUGUUUCACCUCAGUCCCUGGGGUACAAGGGACCCUGUUCCCCUCAGGGCUGGGUUUUUCCAGUGCUCCACAGCAGACGUUUGCAGGGAACUGUUUCCUCUGCCCCUGCCCUACAAUGUCCCUGUCUCCACCACCUGAAGGAAAUACCCAGAACUGUGACUGCUGGGCACGGCCUGGGCCUGUUGGUCGUCUUACGCCUCUUUUUGAAAAAGAGAGAGGGUAUGGUGUUGGAUAGUUUGCCCAGCCACCUCAUUCUCUUGGCCUAGAGGAUUUUUGCAUUGUCCUAAGUCAUUGGAAUUCUUCUCUGAAGCAAUCAGGGCAAGCCAGUGCCUCUUCCUCAUCCCAGUCUCUACCUUCAGAAAGCUGCCCUGCAUUUCCUGGGGCAAAACUCUGCUUUGUAAGAAAAAUAAUAGGACCAGAGCUUUAAAUCCCAAAUUGAACUAUAGAGCCUGAGCUCUAGCAAGUUUGCCCCAACGGGGAGAGGCGAGUUCUCCCAGUCUUCCAAAAGUGAUUGUCUUCACUUUCUACAAGGGAGGACAGCACAGGGACAGCUGUCAUGGCCCACGCAGGCUGGGUUUGAUGCCACCCUAUACAGAGCAGGGACCUCUCUGGCCAACCUGCAGUCCUCAGCCAGGCUGUGUGAAUCCCGGGGCUCUUGAGCUGUUGAAGCUAUUUGGGUCCAGGACACAGUAGGUGGGGAGGGUUGAGACCCUGCUGUGAACUCCUUGUGCUGGCUAUACUUGCCUCUUCCAGUUCGUGGCCUUUCCCUGCUUGGUCCCUACUCGACAGACGAACCAGCCACCGUCCAGCCUGCAGCCAGAACACCUUCAUUCUCCUUUGCCUCACUCAGCGCUAAGACGAAAGUGAGACAAAAGGCAGGGCCUCCCUGGGGGGCCACUGUGCUCCAGGGUUCUGGGGAGUCGGGGUUAGCCAGUAGCUCCUGGUGACUUCACUCAGAGACCAGGGCUCUCAUCCUCCCCAAGAGAAGCAGCAAGCCCAGCCUGGACCACACUGUCCAUUCUGCUGUCCUGGCCUAGCAGAAAGUGACUCUUCCUCCGAGUCCUGGGAGGCCAGGGCUUUCUCCACCCCUGCCUUUCCGCCCUAACCCACGGGACCGCCCACGGAUUGGAGGCUUCAAGGGCUGAGGUCUGGGAGGUGCAUAAAGGGCAUUGCUUCGGCCCAGGUUAGAAAUCUUUUUGGCCAAGCUCUUCCUGCCCCAGACCUACACAAAGCAGCAGACUGGGGGCUCUGGUGGACUAGCCCCUGCCCUUGGUGGGGGGGCCCACACCACUUCACCCCACCCUGCCUUCCAGCUCUCCUGGGCAUUUUUCUUCCUGUACUCAAACAGCCCACCCACCCAAGGGUUCUUCCAUGGGCUGCCUAGCAAUGAACAGUGCAGCCGGCAGGCCAGAGUCCUGGCGUCACCGGGCUUAGGCAGAGAAGCCACAGGGGCCAGAGUCACUGGAGACGAUUUCUAAAUGAUGGGGGGAAAUGCACCAAUAGAAUCUCACCAAAGGGCUGCCUCCAUAUUGAUGCUGUGCCCAGAGGGACAGCACCAAUGCCACCAGCCUGGGCAUAUGUCACUGGGCACAGCUCUUAACCCCCUCUUCUGGACUCUAGUCCCACUCCUCUGUGCACGGAGCCCCCAGCCCACAGGUGCACCUUCAUGGUUUGGAGAAGACGCUGGCCCCAUGCACACCCACCCCUGGGCCUUCUUCCCUGCUCCCAGUCACUUCCGAGCUUCCCGUGUGCCUGUGAUGUCACCGCACCUGUUGAGGGAAGCGUCAGAGGAAGCAGUGGCCGACUUGGCACAGAUGCCUGCUGCGGGCUCUGUUGAAAUGCUCCAGGUGGCCAUUCCUUGGUACUAGCCUGGUCCUUGAGUGUGGGCAGUGGGGGAGGAACCAGCUAGUCGAGGUUUUAGAGCCAAACCUCGCCUUUGGCUGGUGAGUCCUUGCCCCCCAGGCCUGCACUCCAUGAUGCCCUUCACCCUUGGCAAUCUCAGGACCAUUCUGUGUAGUGACCCCACUCCUCUCUGAGGACACACCUGCCCCUCCCGCCCGCACCUGUGGCUCUCACUCUGGCCUCAACCCCUGCGAGCCCCAGGAGCCUGACAGCAGCCAGCUGCCUGCACUGUCACCUCCAACUUCCAGACCCAGAAGUCCCUCUGCUUCCCUCUGUUGGAAAAAGCCUAAAAGAAUUAGCUUCCAGAUUCCUCUAGCCCCUGCUCCAUUCCCACCCAGUCCUGCUGAAGAGGAAUGAGCAGCACAUCUGCGCUGGAUUUCUCUCUAGUCCUUUCUCCAGACAAAUCCUUCUUAAAGCAAAAGUCCUGGCUGAGCACCUGUCCUAAGGGACCAAGCUGCCGUGUGACCAGGGGAAGGACAUUCCCAAAAGGCUGGUCCACCAAUUCUGCUUCUGUGUUGUGAAUCCAGUCUGCUUUCCAUUAGAAAACCGCUUCGGCACUUACGAUCACUUUACUAAAUCUAGUAUUUAAAAAAAAGAAAGAAAAAAGAAUCAUGCAGGCAAAUGUAAAUUACAAUGCUCUCUGUAAGAUCAAUAUUUGCCUUUUUUUCUAAAAGGUGUAUGUAUUCUGUAUGUGAAAUUGUCUGUAGAGAGUUUCUAUGUUCUUAAAUGGCAAUACAUUCCAAAAAUUGUACUGUAGAUAUGUACAGCAGCCGCACUGGGACGGGGUGGUUUUGCCUGUAAUUUUAUUUAAACUCCGGUUUCCACACUUGCAUCUUGCAAUGUUGGUAUGGUAUAUAUCAGUGCAAAAGAAAAAAAAACAAAAACAAAAACAAAAACAAAAAAAAUCUACGCAGGUCUAAAGCACAGAGUCUGACGUACAAAAGGAAAAAUGCUCAGUAUUGAUGUGUGUGACCUUUGUUGUAAAUUACAUCUGUACUGUGAAUGAGAAGUUUUUACAAAUAUAAUAAUUGCCUUUAUUACAGCUCUGGCUGAGUGUUCAGCCUGAGGAUAUUUUUUAAAAAAAAAUAGCAUGUUGGAAUAAAUUUGAAAAUCCCAACAUA